GAUCCUUCGGUGCCUUUGCACAACAAAUCAAAUCCAAAAUGGCGACCCACAGAAUAGCAUGUUUAGGGCUAAAUGCCCUUUAUUCCACGGUCUGUGCCCCUAAGCAGGGUCUGAGGAGCUGCUGGCAGGCUGUGGAGCAGGUGAGAGGUUACUAUGUCAACUGGAGGAUGCUGAGGGAUGUCAAGAGGAGGCAGAUGGCCUUUGAAUAUGCAGAUGAGCGGUUACGGAUCAAUUCACUGAGAAAGAACACCAUCCUACCCAAAGAGCUGCAGGAAGUUGCAGACAAAGAGAUUGCAUCACUACCCAAAGACAGUUGUCCUGUGAGGAUACGCAACAGGUGUGUGAUGACUUCCAGACCUCGGGGUGUGAAGCGGAGAUGGCGACUGAGCCGAAUUGUCUUCCGUCAUUUAGCUGACCAUAACCAGAUAUCUGGGGUUCUGAGGUCACGGUGGUGACUGGGGCCUCAUUGGAUAUUUCAGUCAAAGUGCAUCAUGAAGAAUUGGUUGUUCCUGUGGUUAUGAAAACAUUUUCAGACUUGCGUACACAGAGCAUGUAUUUGGUUUUCUUAUGGCUCUUCAAAAUAAGAAAACGAUGAUAAUCUGGCUUUAGAGAACUACCAAUGUCCAUUUAACUCAGAAAGAUAAAUAAAUAAACAUUAUUGUGAGAACUG